GUUUAUGAAUUUAUUUUCGUGAACGUCAAUAUGACAUCAUAUUUAUUUGUUUACAGUUUUUUUUAUUUUACGUCUAAAUUAAAGUGAAUUUUUAACUGCUUUUGAUUUUUUGUUUAAUAUGCGAAGAUAAAGAAAUUUAAAUAUAUAAGUGACUACCUAUUCAGCUUAAUUAAGACACUUUCACAAAAUUAGAAAAAGAAUAUAUAAUAUGGGUGGCCAGCAAUCAGUACGCGCCACGCAUUUUCAACGACCCGAAAAGACUGCUACUGACCCGAUGCUGGAUGAGUUGCCCGACGAUCAUCACAUAAGUAUAUCUAACAAAAUGGUUGAACGUUUGGUAGAAGACGCAACGUUGGCAAAUACAGCAUCAAUAAAUACAGGAUCUUCAAAAGCAGACUACAAAGAAAAGAUGUACAUGGAAAAACUAAGGUGUAUGGAUGACAGUCAUUCCGAAAGAUGUGGGUUAACGAUGGAAGAUCUCAACGCAUUAGUCAAUCGCAUAGAACGCCUUACAGCGAAUAUUGUGGACUCCGAACCGAUAUGUGUAGAUUGUAAAGCUAAGCUUUUGCAAUGCUAUAACCCCGGUAAUACAGACACAAUUAAGUGCUGGGAUGCUGUCGGAGACUUCGCGAAGUGCGUUCAUGAAGCAACAGCAAUCAAGCUACGCAAUCGAAAGCAGAAGGAUGAAAAAGAAUCAGCUCGGAAAUCUCGACAUAUGGCCCACGCCAGAGAGCACGCUUUGAAAGAUCUAGAAACGCAUCCAAAUUUGACAAAGUAGCCCUCUAGGGAAUCGAUGAACCAACUAUCAUUAUCCUUCGAAAUUGCCCUGCAAUAUACUCGAGACCAGGGGUGAGCAACCCUUUUAAUCAAUGGGCCAAUUUUCAAUUUAAUUUUUUUCGCGCGAAACUUUAUUUUUAAUAAUAUUAGAAUAAAAAAAUAAAAAAUAAAAAGGUAAAGAUGUCAUAUACAAAUUUUAAUACAAGAUAAAAACAAACAAGAAAAGAACAGAAAAAUGAAUUGAUGGGAGAAAGUCGAUAAAAUAAAUUCAAAUUUAGGAAUGCUUGUUGCUCAUCCUUGCUCAAGACUUAGCUUUUAAUAUAUGUGACGUCAUUAAAGGCCUAAUUAAGGGAUUCUCGUCCCCGUCUUGCGCUGUGAAUGUGUGAAUGAUGUUUAGUUUGACAUGAAAAAUCAUUCAGUUUUUAUAUAUUUAAUGUGAAUUUUUACAUUGAUCAUUGCUAUUUUUAUUGGUACUUUUAAUAAUUUUAGAUUUAGAUCUGUUGUAACUGUUUAGAUUGCUUUGUUGUUCAACGGAAAUACUUUGAUAACAAAUUAAUUCAUAUUAUAUUAUCGUACGAAAGUCUGAAAAUAUUAUAACAUGAAUAAAUAUUAAAUAAAAAACAAAA